AUGCCAACGCUAUCAUUCUCUCUCAAACCGCCCGCUUUACUUGAGCUGCAUGAUGCAUUGGUGUGUCUGAGUAAAUUCAACGAGAGCGUCUCCAUAGAGGCUGAAUAUGAUUCGCUGCGAUUGAGUACUCUGAAUGCUGCUAAAACGGCAUAUGCGUCGUUUACCCUGGACUCGGGGAAAUUCUUCUCCGAGUAUACAUUUAGUACUCGCGGGGUGCAGCAGAGUUCAGGGCAGAGAUAUGGGGAUAAAUUUGCAUGUCAGAUGUAUCUGAAGGCAUUGCUUUCAAUAUUCAAAGGUCGAGCCGGCGAGUCGCGCGACAAGCAAACCGCAGUAGAACGCUGCAACGUUGAGCUACAUGACUCACCGGAUGAAGCCGAAUGUAGAUUACAUAUACAGAUGAUAUGUGGUCAAGGCGUCAUUAAAUCUUAUAAGUUGACCUAUGAGUCUGUUUCUGUGCAACAUGCCCUGUUCGACCAGUCACGGGUACAGAAUCAGUGGAAGGUUCAGGCGAAGAUUUUAAGAGAAAUUAUUGAUCAUUUUAGUCCGAGUGCAGAGCAAUUGGACAUUUAUCCCGAUACAGGCAAGGCAAUUUUUACAAGUUUCACUAAUAAGAUUAGUGAUGGGAAGGAAAUCCUCAAACAACCGGUCCACACGUCCGUGGCCAUCGACACCAAAGACUUUGAGGAAUUCAUUGUCAAGGACGGGCUACAUGUUGCUAUCAACGUUAAAGAUUUCAAAGCAGCGGUCAUUCAUGCAGACACGAUGAAGACGUCAAUUACGGCACGUUACACCCGUCCUUGUCGACCUCUGCAACUUGCCUACACAUCAGAAGAUGGCAUUGAAUCAGAAUUCACGCUUAUGACACGUGGGGAUGUCGAUGAGGCCGAUAACGACGAUGAUGCGUCGACUGCAGCAUCGCAGCUUUCGGCUAGACUGGCCGCUACACGUGUAGCAGUACAGUCUGAGCCUCCCAAUAGUCACCCAGCUGCAACGGCUUCCGCAUCUUUAUCGGCAGCAAGAACUACGAUACCACCAUCCAGCAGACCAGUCAUACCAUCCCGGAAGCCAGAGUUGAUGUCGAGUGCUGCGUCAAGAGCAGCAUUGGCCGAUAUACAUGAUAGUCUUUUUGUGCCAGCAGAUGACGAUAGACAGUGGGAUGAACAGGUGGAUGACGAGGCAAAUGAUCAGGAUAUUCUCGGCUGGGAUUCGAAUAUUGAACCGGGAGCUUAUCAUGAAGGCCGUCCAAGACCGCUGACGGACGACUAUCCAACGCUGUCGUCUGAUAGGCAACAAAACAAUGGCGACGUUGGGACAGCUAUUCCACCGACGCAGCCAAUGUCACAGAUACGAAAUUUGGGUCUGUUUGAUUGAGCAUCUUCGUGCGGGACUUGCGAAUCGUACUGUCAUGAGGAAACCACGAUCCAACUGGUGGCGCAACCGGCGG